UGCGACUUGUCUCGAACUGUCAUUCAUCGCCGUUUGUCUCACACUCGUAAUGGACGCUGAGGCAAGGGCGUCUGCCGCUUAUCUGGUCGAUAAGUUGCAGAGCGUACCUGCACCCAACCGUCUUCUAGUCGGCAUCGCAGGUAUCCCUGCGAGCGGGAAGAGUGAAUUUGCAGUGCUGGUGAACCGAUACACCAACGCUUUGCUCGAAGCCCGCGAUGAGAAGGCAACCCUGGUCGGCCUGGACGGCUGGCAUCUCACCCGAGCGCAGCUGGACGCGAUGUCCGACCCAAAGCUCGCGCACGACAAACGAGGUGCGCACUGGACCUUCGAUGGGGAUUCCUACGUCGCGUUCGUUCGCGCUCUGAGGCAAGAACCUACGGGCGUGAUCACGGCACCAUCCUUCGACCACGCCGUCAAGGAUCCCACCCCGCAUGCAGUUGCCAUCCAUCCUCAUCACCGCAUCGUCAUUAUCGAAGGCCUUUACAUCUAUCUUUCGGUGGAACCGUGGUGUCAGGCUGGCAGGCUGCUCGACGAGCGAUGGCUCAUCGAGAUCUCGCUCGAGGAGGCAGAGAAGCGUUUAGUCAAGCGCCAUGUCCUCAGCGGAGUGGCGAAGGAUCACAACGAAGCAGUGUGGCGCUCUAAUACCAACGAUAUGCCAAAUGGCAGAUUCUUGCUGGAGAACAUCUUGGAGCCAACGAAGGUUAUCCCGAGUGUCCACGAUCCAGCUCUAGCUAAGUGAGAACAUGAGCAUAUCGACUGUACUUGCUACUGUAUCAAGAAACUAUUCCAUAACACGGACUGACCCCAAUUAACCCCAGUGUCGCCGUAACAAAGCCUUCUAAAUGGAGAUCCACUCCUCGAAAUCAUUGAUUGCAUCUGAUUGGCAACAUCCGCCGG